AUGAAAGUUUCUUAUACGAGUAUAAUUUUAUCAAAUUUAUUAUUGAUUCUUCACCUUAAUUUAAUAUUAGCCAAUCCAUUCCCCGUUAUAGGCGUAGCUCUUAUUCAACCAGCACCUGGUGGCUCGCAGGUCUAUGGUCAAAUUCAAAUAACACAACAGUAUGCUGGUUCACCACUGGUUGUCGAAGGUAUUGUGUUUAAUUUAAAACAAUCUACAAGACAUGGUCUUCAUGUUCAUGAAACUGGAGAUUUAAGCAAAGGAUGUUUAUCACUCGGUGGACACUUUAAUCCUCAUGGAAAGCUACAUGGCAGUGAAAAGAGUAUCACGCGUCAUACAGGAGAUUUUGGAAACAUUAUCACUGAUGCAUUUGGUGUUGCUCGAAUAUAUAUCGUUAUUCAAGAUGGUGCUUUAUUCGGUGAAGACGGAUGGAUAGGUCGAUCGCUCGUUGUUAGUGAAUUUCAAGAUGAUUUGGGAUUGGCUAAUAAUGAAGAAAGCAGAAAAACCGGAAACUCUGGUGGUCGAUUAGCAUGCGGUGUUAUUGGUAUUAAAUAUCCUUUAACUAGUUUACCAACUGAAAGAACAAUGCACGACCGUCGUUAUCAAUAA